UCUCCAGAGUAAGAGAGACAUUGACGGUUUGACUUCCCUGACCACAUCCUUAUUGGCGAAGGCGAGGCUACUUCUACAGUGUUAGGCCAUGGCACACAUGUCCCAUCACCAUGACCCCAAUUUCUACAACCUGGAAGAAUAUGAAAUCGAGGUGGAAAUUGAGAAUGACCGCGUGGAAAUUGAGAAUGACCAAGCGGAAAUCGAGGAUGAGCAAGAGAUGGCAGCGGCAGGAGGGAGCUGCCCUGUUAAUGAAUGUGCUCGAGGCUUCAUGGACAAACCCGAGUACCAGGGUACCCCAAAACACCAGGGUGAUAUGAAUCACGUGGUCAACUUGAGCUACAUUGGUUCUGACGUCGCCGUCGCGAGCCCAGGUUACUACCAAAACAUAGGACAGCUACAGUUGGAGGAGAAGGAGACCUUAGUUGCUAGGGUCCCACAGCAGUGGAGGGGCACUCGACCACGGAUCCGCAGGGGUCUCACAUCCUGGCAAUUGGGAGAACUGGAGAGCAUUUUCGAAGAAACUCAGUACCCUGAUGUGAUCACGAAGAAAGAUCUUGCGAAGAGCCUCUUUCUUAAGGAAUCAGAGGUUCAGUCUUGGUUUAAGGAGCGAAGAGCCAAGGAAAGGAAAAUACAGAGAUUACAAGGUGCCCCUGAUAGUACCCAAGAGAUCUUUCACUAAAAGUUUUUAGAGGAGCCCUGGAGUACCAUCCUUCUCCAGGAACAAACAUCCCUUCAGCAGUAAAGAAAGUUAGUACAAAGCCAGCCAUAGCUAAGGGAGACCCUGAUUUAGAAUAAACAAAAACAAAACAAAAAAAAAGGAACAAAAACACAAGAAAAAAACUCACUGAAG